AUCCAGACUUGCACAUGUACUUUGUACCAUAUGGAGUUUCUUUGUACGCCUAUUGGGAUUGGAAUAGCGCGCGCAAUACCGAUAUAGUUAUAUAGUGACUAGCCUACUUUACAGUACCUGCAGUUUUCGGCCACAAGAAUGAAGGCGACAAGCAGGGGUCUGAAACGAAAAGCGCUGAGCGAAGUGCAGCCUACAGCAGCUAAUCGAAAGGGGAUUUCAGUCGCCGAUGGCUUGAUGUGCCUCAGUCGUCUGAAAGGCCAGAAGCCUGCAGACCCCGAGAAUUCAGCGCCUCCAACUGGUGGAAAGGCUCCAUCGGAAUCGUGCGACGCCUACGAUUUGAUGGCCAAUGAACGUGUUCCGGCCCAGUACUGGAAGGAACUUGCCGAACAGAGGCGCGUCGCACUCGAUAAGGCCCUCAAAGAGAACGAGCAGCUCCACGAGAAGUUGGAGCUCCUGACUGCCGAAAACAGACACCUACAGACCAUCGCCGACCAGGCACUGCCCUUGGCUGACCUCUUAAAGGAGCUUGGAGCCCUCUCAUCAAAAGAACUGGAGCGUUCUCAUCAGGAGUAACUUGCACUUGUGUACUUCACGCAAAGGUUUCAAAGUGUUCACCACACUUCUAAUUACUUUGUUAGUUCUUGAGAAAUUUAAACUAACAAAUAAUACCUUACCUUGCAAUGCAUUUAUUUAUGUUCUUGUUACAAUGCUGUGCUUGUAUAUUGGCCUCAAAAAUGAGCUUUAAAUAUGUAGGUUUGUGUAUUUGCCACUGAAGAACCUGUAUGUUUUCAAACUUAAAGGAAAGUGGGAAAUAACAUGGAUGCAUUCAUGUGCAUCCAGGUGUUAUGUUGGAAUCAAAUGGUGUGUGCAUAGAAAGCACAAAAAGGUAAAUGUAAUGUAUUUUAACAAUUUUAGCACUUGCUUGGACCUGGUAAAAAGCAGCUUCUGUCAUCUGAUUGAAGUGUCAAGCUUAAAAGGAAUGCAAAUCUUGGUAGUACCUAUGUUCAUUCAGGUUGCUUUCAAUAGGCCUUUGGUUCAUGCUUUUUUUAUUUCUACUUGACUGCAACAUUCCACUCCUUGCUGUACUUCAUGAACCACGUGAACAAAAAAAAAAAAAAAGGAUCAUGCAGGUCUACCUGUUUGAAGCGUCUGUCGUGGAAAUAUAUUUUUUGACAUCACAUGUGUUUACUGCUUGGACGCCUCUCGACAAUGAAAACUUGUGAGCUGUCUCUGUGCACUUUAUUUUAGAACUGUUGCGGUAUUUGUAUGCAAAAGUGAAUUUGCUACCGCCUUAGCAUUUAUUGGCAGUGCUAGUCAGGCCUGUCCUUUGCAGGUGGGCUCUCUGCCAGUCUGCCAUCUUUUGCAUGCUUGUCAUGAAGUCUGGGAAGAGCCUAUCUUGUGCUCUCAGUUGAACACAUCAUACAAAUGUCAACAAACUAUGCCAUGGACACAUUAAAAAUGGGCAGAGUAGGGUAUCCAUGAAAGUUGCGCACUAGACUGGUUGUUCUAACUGUUGUGGUUAUUGUUAGGGUCACAUAUCAGCCAUGUCAUGAAAAAAAUAUAUAUAUGCGGGGGCAUGCAGGGUCGAGUGGUGAUGUGUGAACGCCGGACUGGACAGCCUGUCUAAAAUACUUAGUGUCUGGAAAUGAAAGUUGCAGUAUGAUGUGCAACCAAUUAAAUAUCGGGUUCACUUAGUGCAAGCAAGAACCUAGCUUGUUUGCUGAACCUGCCUCUGUCAAUCCCAUGCUGUGAAAGCCAUUUUAGUGCAGAUAAGCAAGGAACACAACAGCAUGUGCUUCUUAUCUGUGCUUCUCCAUGUAUCGGCUGACUUGCUCAAGAACAAUUUUUGAAUUCAGUGCUGCUUGCUUGCAAUGUUGUGUUUUCCUGUGACUGCUGCAGUCUCCUGGCUUCUAUUGCUGUGCAUAAUAGCAGCCUACAGCAAGCAAGCACCAUGUACAAAGAAAAUAAUGUGCAUGGUAACAGGAGCCAAGAACGGAAGGCAAAAGUUGAACAAGGGAACAGUGGUGGCCAGACUAUGUACAGACAAGCUUGAGGUGUGGCACUUCAAGACAUGCAGCAACACUUCAAACGUGUUUUCCUCCUAAUUUGUAAUGAUUUAUUUUUCUGUUCCAUUUUGUCAUUUGCUUCUUUAAGAGAUAGGAAAGUGCACUUAAGCAUUGUUGUCCCGAAUCAGCCUGUGCUACAAGAUAUCUUGCCUGUGUAAUAAUAAAAGGAGCAGACAAU